UACACACAGCAAUUAUUCAUUGAGUCUUACUAGAGAACAAUACUUCUUUAUCCAAUUCAUACACACAUGCAAACUCUUUUCGGCUAUGAUAAUCCGGUAGAAAUAGAAAUUCAAUGAAAACACUUCGACCCCACAAACACACGAACAGAAAAAAAAUGUUAUCUUUCGUGCUGCUGUCAUCUUAAACUCACACAACAUGAGAUUGUCCCUAAAGAGGGCAUCUUUAUUUGGGAACCAAUAAAGAAUAUUGAUAAUCAAACACUCGUCAUCAAUUGGGGUUGUACGUAACCAAUAAGCAACGCGCGCAAAUGAUAAUCAAACACUCGUCAUCAAUUGGGAUUGUACGUAAACAAUAGGCAACGCACGCAAAUGAUAAUCAAACACUCGUCAUCAAUUGGGGUUGUACGUAAACAACAAGCAAUACGCGCAAAUGAUAAUCAAACACUCGUCAUCGGGAUUGUACGUAAACAACAGGCAAUCCGCGCAAAUGAUAAUCAAACACUCUUCAUCAAUUGGGAUUGUGCGAAAACAACAAGCAAUGCGCGCUAAUGAUAAUCAAACACCCGUCAUCAACAAGGAUUGUACGUAAACAACAGGCAAUGAGCGCAAAUGAUACUCCAACACUCGUCAUCGAUUGGGAUUGUACGUAAACAACAGGCAAUGCGCGCAAACGAUAAUCAAACACGCGUCAUCAAAUGGGAUUGUGCGAAAACAACAGGCAAUGCGCGCAAAUGAUAAUCAAACACUCGUCAUCAACAAGGAUUGUACGUAAACAAUAGGCAACGCACACAAAUGAUAAUCAAACACUCGUCAUCAAUUGGGGUUGUACGUAAGCAACAAGCAAUACGCGCAAAUGAUAAUCAAACACUCGUCAUCAACAAGGAUUGUACAUAAACAACAGGCAAUGCGCGCAAAUGAUAAUCAAACACUCGUCAUUAAUUAGGGUUGUACUAAAACAACAGGCAAUACGCGCAAAUGAUAAUCAAAUACUCGUCAUUAAUUAGGGUUGUACUAAAACAACAGGCAAUACGCGCAAAUGUUAAUCAAACACGGGUUAUUAAUAAGGGUUGUACAAAAACAACAGGUAAUGCGCGCAAAUGAUAAUCAAACACUCGUCAUCAAAUGGGAUUGUAAUGCGCACAUAUGAUAAUCAAACACGCGUCAUCAAUAGGGAUUGUACUAAAACAACAGGCAAUCCGCGCAAAUGUUAAUCAAAUACUCGUCAUUAAUUAGGAUUGGCAAAAAACAGUAAAUUGAAUCAAACAGAUCAAUAGAUUAACGUACCGUGAAAACUGUAUUAUAGAAAAAAUGCAUGCGUAAACCACAAAAUUGCUCAGAAAUAGAGAAAUGAAGUAUAUAAAACAAACUCAAGAAUACGCAAAAAAUAAUAAUUAUCAUUUAUAAAAGUGCCCAAGUUUAGCUACUGACAACUUUAAAAAUUACCCAGGCAACCCUGGGAGCGAGGUUUAGUUCGUCCGAUAUUAAGUCCGAUAUUCCUAUUUCUCUAUUAUUUAUCUUGGCUUUGGACAGGGCCGCAGCAGGGUUGGUGGGACUGAGGUUGCGGUUUAUGCUAGGUUAAAACUCUAUUCGUGAUUCUGUGGAAAUAAGGCUAGGCAUUUUAAAAUAUGUAUUCGUGAGUGUGGUUUGGAUGGUGUGCUGAAACGCGGACGUGCAGCUGAUGAAGUGUUCUCAUUAUCUUGACUCUUGGGCGUUCAUUGAACAUUACUACUUAAGACUGAACGCAUUUUUUGUCCGUUCACAAUACUGGCUCCCGUCUGGCUCUGCAAGCUUAGCAUACUAACGAGUGUUUGCUUCUGGGAAGAAGUUUCUAGUUUGGCCCGCUUGCAUUGGCGCGUCAUGUGAACAAGCAUUCACACAGAGAAAACGAAAGGUAAGCUGACACAAAUUACAUGCGAACACUGCUUUUUUGUUGAUAGCAUUAGCUAUAUAUUGUAUUAGAAGCUCGGGUUAAAUGUUACAUACUCUUAACAAUAUAGUCUUUGACUUUUAAGUUUGUUUGCUACUACCAUUGCAUACCCCUUCAGCCUUACGGCGCCGUAAUCUUGUCUUACCUAUGGAGUCACUUCAAAUCCUUUUUUUUCAUAGGAAUUCUGACGCUAAGAACAAGAAUGUCCUCUAUGCAAACGAUGGAAUCUAUUCUACAGAAUCGUUGAGAAUACAGACAAGUGUGAGGUGGGGCUAAGAGAUGUCACAGGAUUUUUGUCAAAAUGGGGGUUUCAACCCUUUUCCUCGUGUUCACUGACUAAUAGGUCAUUUUUCUAGAGAUCUUUGAAAAAACCUUUCUUAUGAUAAGAAAGAUGGAUUGAGAUCCCUGUGGAGGUAGCAACAGUUAGCUCCCAGUCCCUAGCAAGAUGGCGAAGACACAUUCACCAUUAUAAGCACCAGCGGGGUAACUGAAGUGGAGAUGAAUUUAUUAGUGCACAAAGUCCCUCCAGUUCCGGCCGCCGAGCGGGCUCCGAAUUAAUUUCAGACACUUAAAAGCUGGCCGCAAAAAAUGAGUCCAACAACAGCACAGCUAUUUCUCGUAUUCUGGGUCGUUUCAUCGCUACGACUUAUGCCAUGUACAAGAGGAGAAGCCGAGAAAAGUAAAAAUAGCUCAGCCGAGCAAGAGUGCAAAGUAACUACGUGUUGUGGAAUACCAGGAACACAUGGGAAAAAUGGAAUUCCAGGACAUCCAGGACCCCCUGGGCCUAGUGGCCCCCCGGGGCGCAAUGGGCUGAAUGGCAUCCCCGGUGUAUCGGGAAAACAAGGUCCCCCCGGCCCCCCCGGCAAACGAGGAAGACGAGGUCAUCCCGGAGAGCCUGGGAGAAAUGGAACACAUGGGUCACCGGGUUGGAGAGGGAAAACUGGUCCACGGGGGCCGAUGGGCCCUAUUGGUCCACCGGGGACCCCUGGGGUACCUGGUCAGCCCGGCAAGGCCGGGUCCCCCGGUGAAAGAGGGCCCCCGGGCCGUGAUCGGGUCGCAAGGAACUGCAGAUGCGAGCGGAAUGCCCCUACACAGGUGUUCUUUAUAAACUCGGGAUUCUGGGUAUCUCAGAAACACAUGACAGGCUUUCAGGACGUCCCGUUUGCGGUAGGCGAGUUCCAUAUGAAUGUGGUGGAUCCUGUGACGUAUAACUUACACGUUGGAGGGGACUGGGUGAACGAGGAUUCUGUCACGCUCUUCUUUCGCAUCCACUGCACAAUGCGACGGCGUGACAUCUACUUGCCGAACGAGGCUGGUCACAAAAUCUACAAAUUCAAACAGGAGAACAGGCUUGAAUCAGAGACGUUUACUUACGUGACGACGAGCAUGGAUCACACGGGGCGAUGGCGGUGCCAGUUGCAGAUUAGCAAAGGCUAUGUCCGUGCAUUCUACAGAUGGGACUCACAAUACGGGGAGAUGAGUUUAACAAUGUGGUAACAACUAUGGAGUAUAGUGGUGAACUGCUCGGAGGAUUCAUGAGACUUGAGUCAUAGACCAGUGAAACUCUCUUUGAAUGCUAACCACCUUGCUCUACCGCAAGGCAACUAAUUCAAAAUGUAUUUUUUGGUUAACGAGCCUUGGGAAACAUAACCGCGAGGAAUAUUGCCACACCUGGACAAAGUAUGCUGGCAUUUUUACAAGUGAACAAAUAUAAAAAAACAAUUAUACAAUUGAUGUACAAAUAUUUUGGUGCUGGCUCUGCGAUAAGUCACGUUGGCAGUUUGGUAAUUGAGGAAGACAACCCAAUAAAAGGGAUCUUCCCCAAAGGAACUAAGCUCAGCCAAAGACUAGGAAACGUGCAUUUCUUGCGUGGCCAUGGAUACGUUACUCUCUGGCAAUUGGAAAUGUCUGAACUGGUAACGCUUGGUUAGAUCAAGUGCACAUACUUUUUUAGCAAUCAGUCAAAAUGACGAAUAAACGUUUACUUCCAGAUUCCAAAAAUUCGCGUUUUUAUCAAGGAUCUUGAACAAACAGAUGUGACUGCAUCACACAAAACUACUAAAAAUCUUUUGUUACACUUUGGCUGGAGAGUGAACCAAAAUAGCGUAAAAAAGCCACAAACCACUUACUGGAAGAUAAUAUCUGUAGAUUUAAUAUGGUUUAAAUGCCAUUUACAGCAAAAAUGAAAUACAUAAUCUGUCCUUGGUAAGCCACUACCUAGGGCCCCUUGUUACAAAUUUGGCUGGUUUUAUUUGAUACGCUUCAGCUUUAAUUCUUUUAAUUCUGUAAAGUGAAUAAGUGACGAAAGGUUACAUUUUUACCCUUGAGAAAUAUCGUCAUUUGAGUUUAGAAACCUGGAAUACAAGCGUUUCUUGGUUACUAUUUAUAAGGCAGCGGAGACUGUAUAUAUAGCAAAACAAGAACUAUAAUAAAGUUCCCUUAAGGUG